GGUUUUAUAUCGGCUACAUUUUUACCCGCCAUUUUGAACAACGCCGUAUUGGAAAGAUGUCUGACUCAGAAAUUGAAACGAAGAAAUUAGAGAUAGAAGUUGAAGAUGGUGAUAAAAAAAAAGAAAUGAACCUUAUGGAUGGAAAAAACAAAAAAGGAAGUAAAGAAAACAAUAAAAAGAUCAGUUCACUCAUAAAGUCAAGCCCAAAAAAAGAAGCUGAAGAACAAGAGAAUGAUGGUGAUGAAGACAGUGAUGAUGCUGAAGAACAUGCAUCAGAAGAAGAUGGUGGAACAAAAUUGGGACUCUUUGAUCAGCCACUCGAGAUAUCAGGAAGCAGAGAGAGAAAGAAAGUCCAACGCUUAGAGCUUGCCUUUGCCAUUCCAAGUAAGGAAAAACCUGAAAUUCCUGAAGGGAAAGGACAAAAAUUGGGAGACUGUCCUCGUAUUGAAUUUCAACUUCAGAAGCAGAAAGCAGAUGACUUAAAGCUGUUACACAAGUUUCUUUUUAACCGGCCCGGCUCGGUAUCAGAGAUUAAGAAAAACAUCAGGAAGUUUAAUGGUUUUCCAUUCACAAAAGAUUCUCCUGAGUUUGAGAGAAAAAAAGCUAAGCUUGAAAAGCCUACCAUAGCCAUGUUGAAGCACAUGUGUGAGACGUUAGACAUAGAGAGAAGUGGAACCAAAGAAGAACUGAUUGAAAGGCUCAUGACAUUUUUAAUGAAGCCAGCUGCAACAGGAAAAGCAACUCCAAGACCAAAACGAAGGUCAUCAUCUAAAGGAAAAGGAAGGAGCAACAAAGGAGAGAAAAGGAAGAGGAAAACAACUAGGAGAGGAAGUAAGUCCACAAAGACAAAAAAGAAGAGUGGAGAUAGUGAAGCAGAAACUUCUGAAGAGGAAGAAGAAGAGGAACAUGAGUCAGAGAAUGAAUCUGAAGAGGAAUCAGAACAAGAGGAGAAAAAGAAACCUGAAAAGAAAUUGAAUGCAGAAAACAAGCCAAAGGCCAAGAAGAAAGAAGAAACUUCUGAUGAAGAGAAAAUUAAAUCUUCUGUUAAGAAACCAGUAAAGAACAAAAAGUUAGCUGAUGCUUCUUCUGAAGAUGAAAGUUCUGAUGAUGAGCCACUGGUAAAAAAAGCAAAGAAGCCACCAACAGAGGCAGAAAUUAAACAGAUGAUCAAAAAGAUUUUGGAUGGUGCCAACUUAGAAGAAAUCACAAUGAAGAAAGUUAUAAAGCAGGUGUCGGAUGAAUAUCCAGAGUUUGACCUCAGUGAGAAAAAAGACUUUAUUAAAUCUACUGUCAGAUCGCUCAUUUCCUGAUUUCUUCGUGGGCAUGUUCGUACUUCUUGCACCAUCAUCAGCCAACAGUCGUGACCAGAUAAAAAACUUGGAAAGGGCUGAUUGUCUUGGAUGAGCUACUAAAAUAACAAAAGAAUAAUAAAGAAAAUUUUGAGAACCCACUUCAUUAGGAAACCGUUUUUAUAAAAGUUUCAUCUUCCCAUAUUUUUAAUUUGUCAAUAAAUUCAUGGAAGACUAGUGCCAUCUAGUGAGCAUUUUGGAACACUUUUCAUGUGUAUAAAAUCAUCUGAAGUUUUAUGGCUUGGGCGAAAAGUGGGUUUAUAUUGUGGCAAGAUUUAAAAGCAGAACUUGUUUUAUUUGCAGAAUGAGUAUUAGAAAAUUAAACGUUUGGUUCUAUUUCUUAAGUAAACUAUAAAACCAGUUUGUAACCUCAGUUUGACAGCUUAAAUGGCUCUGAAGUUUGUGAAUGAAUGUUGUUGAGUGAGUUACAAGAAAAUCUUUAAUAUUGUAUUAAGUGUCAUGGUUAAUAAAUUUAGAAGCUUGGAUGGAAAUGGAACUGAAAACAUCCAUCAUAAAGUUGAAAAAAAUAUGACCAAUAGCCUGUAGUCACUGUCUGAUACUUCUAUGUGAGGAAUAGGAAGAAAAACCUUGAUAUACCAACUGUUUUAAAUUACUGAUACAAAAACAUGUGAAAUUACUUGAACAUUUAGGGGGGGGAAAUAGGUAAUUGAAUUUGUGUAACAUGGUAAUUUUUGAAAGAAUUGUACGAUUUGUAAAUAUUUUCAGUACUUUAUUUUUACAUAUCGUGGUGUCUGGUGGGAGUUGCAUUAUUUUUUUAAUGGUUCACAUGAACAUUUACGAAGUGGCAAUUUUUAUUAAUUUCUGUUCAAAGCAAUCUACCUUCAUAGGUUAGAACUAACAAUCAACCCAGUAACGAGUAUAGCUAUUUUAAUAUUCUGUUCUUUCAUUAAUUCAAUAUCCUUGCUGUUAGUGACAUUUUUGUCCAUAAACCUAUUAAUAUCUCACGAGAUUUGGCCAGCUUACAUGAUUUAAUUUUUAUAGCAAAGAGUGUAAUUGUCAAUUUGUUUAUUCUAAUAUUCUGUAUUUGAAUUGUUUUAAUGAUUUGUAGAUGAAGCAAAAAACUCUGGCUAUGGAUAUUUUUAUAUUGACACUGGUAUAACAUCCAAUUUUCAACUGUUCUUGCAAAGGGUCGUGAUUAAUGAUAGUCUAUUUAUUAUUAAAUGUUUCAUUGUUCUAGCAAAUUGUGUUAGUAAAAUGUAUCUAAUUAUGCCAGCAUUUUUUUCUAAUUGUCAAAGUCUAUAAAUAAAUUCUCAUGUAUUUCAAAAUAACCUCUUUAAAAAUACAGUGUGUCUAUUUUUCAUACAAGUUGAUAGUAAUGAUGUGUCUUAUCUUGGAAUUAACCCCUCCCCCUAACCACAAAAAGGGAUAAACCUUUUCCUCACUAGAACUUAAGACAAAUUGAUAUUUGUGGUCUUAAUGUAUUGGUGAUUUAAAAGAAUGUUGAUGAAACUAGUGUGUACUGGAGAUCUUUUUAAUAAGAAAACUUGUAGCUGUAUCACAGCGAGUUCAACUUUAAGAGUUUCACAAGUCAAUUUUGAAAGAAAUGUUGACACAUCUGCUUGAAACUGUUGUACAAUAUAUCUUCCUUGGUUAGGGCUUAACCAGCCUUCUCAGUUUCACUGUCUUUUGUUGGCUGAAUCGCUCAUUUUUUUAUCUUUUAAAAUUGUAAGGAUUCAGUGGGUUUAUAAUAAAAUCAUCUGAUGUAGCACA